CAAUUCAACUUAUAAUUUGAUCAUUUCACUCGAUUCGAUUAAACUUUGAUAAACAUAAAGCAAAACACUAAUACAAUAACAAAUCCUUAUUACUUUUAAACACCCAUAAAUUAAGGGGAAAGAAAUUACAAAUCACCAAAUAGAUAGAAAAAAAUUAGUAUAUUUUAUUUAACACAAAUAGACUAGAUGUCUUUUGUUUUAAGAAAUCUUCCCCCUUUUCUCGUUCUAAUUUCUAGGGCACCAAUCUACCAUUUUUAUUUUUUAUAUUUAUAUUCACCCGCCAUAACUGAAAUCUUUCCAGCUUCCUCCCCUAAACAAUGGUGAGAACUGUAAUACCUCCUCAUCACCAGCAUCACGAAGAUAAUGACGCCGAAGAUAUUGCUACUGAUACCGACACUUAUCCUCACCGAGAAGGCAAAAGCGCGGAGCAUAAACCUAAUAAUUAUAGGUUAAAACAUUCCGAGACUGAACAGCGUCGGAGGAGUAAAAUCAAUGAAAGGUUCCAAAUAUUGAAAGAUCUGAUUAUCCCUAAUGAUCAAAAGAGAGAUAAAGCUUCACUCUUGCUAGAGGUUAUAGAGUACGUUCAAUAUCUACAAGAGAAGUUACAAGUGUAUGAAGGGUCCUAUCAUCAAAAAGCCAAUCAUGGGCUAGUGGACAACUAUGUUAAUCAUUCACAGGCCAUGAGAAAUGGCUUUUUGGACGAGAAUACUGCAAUUCAACCCAUGACUAGCAUGCAAGGCUCAGUAGAAUCAGAGUACAGUGGAGAAUUUCCUCACCGAGCAGAUCAUGCUACUGGGUCAGUGAAUGCUGUUGUACCCUUGAGCAUUCCCUUGCAACCAUGUCCAUACCCUCCUGGAAAAGGAUUGCAGCUUAUUGAGAAUCUUUCUUCCCACCCUGAACCAUCUACAGCCAAGGGUUUUACUAUAGUUACUGAAGAUAGGACAUUUGAUCGGGGUUCAAUUAGUGUUUCCGAUGUUUAUUCUCAAGGACUACACAAGAGACUUGCCCACUCACUGCAGACUUCUGGAGUAGAUAUAUCACAUGCCAACAUCUCAGUUCAACUUGAUGUUGGCAAACAAGUACGUAGGUGCUCGAAUUCUGUUGCACCAUCUACAGAGUGUCUUCGGAAUGGGAAUAGCUUUGUAUUGUUCCUAUGAUGCCUAUUGCUUUUUCAAGAUGGUGACAAUCGGACUUCAAACUGUUAGCUCAUAUCAAAGGCUAUGGAGCUAAGUGCUAAGGAGCCUGUUCAGCCUGCCAAGCGACUCCACACAGGAGAAAGCUAGUUAGUUUAUUUAUUAUUUAGCUCUUUUUAUUAUGUGUGUUUGUUUAUAGGGUUUUGGCUCUUCAUUCUAGUGUUCAUUUGCUCUCUCUUGGCCAAGGGCAAAAAGAACCAGUUCAAGUUAGAUUUAGAGUUUUGGGUUGUCUAUUUUAAUCACAUCGACCACAACCACCUGAUUGUAGAUUCCGUUGUACAUGUUUUUUGUGGUAAUUGGUUCUAUUAAUGAUAUGCUAAUUUAUGGUAAUAAAUGCUUGCAAUUCUCUUGUAUUUCUCACAUUGCUUGGGAAUGUUCAUUUCCACUGUUUCCUUCAGCGGUUAUCAGCAGUCCAUGUAAUAUUAUUUCGAAAGGAUUUAGUGAUGGAA